AUGGUGCAUGACCGCCGCUUGGUACCCCCUGUCGGUGAGAAGCCAGCCGUGGCCGCCUACGUGGACGGGGCGGCCGCCAUCGGGGAGGAGCGCGGCGCCGUCGACCGCGCCAUCAACGCCAUCCACCGCCAGCUGGAGGCCGACGGUCUUAUUUGCAAAGGUGUUUCGCCUCCUGGGCUUGACCAAAAGUUCACUGGCCUGACCUUCGACAGCAAUUCGGGGCGCGUGUCGCCGUCGGCCGCUCGACCGUGGCGGCCACGCUUGGGCCUUCGAGCUGGCCGCCCAGGGCUACUGCAGCGGGGGCCAAGUGCUGCGAGUGCUGGGACAUUACAACUGGGCCGUCCUCUUGCGGCGCGGGCUCCUUAG